GAGGAUUGUUGCAGGUUGGGGACGAGGUUCUGAGCAUGUUGAUGAAGGAGUACCGGCAGCGUGUCGGCGCUGGUGCUCCUGUAUACCUCGCUGCCGUCCUGGAAUAUCUUGCCGCUGAGGUUCUUGAAUUGGCUGGAAAUGCUGCAAGGGACAACAAGAAGACUAGAAUUGUGCCAAGGCAUAUUCAAUUGGCUGUUAGAAACGAUGAAGAACUGAGCAAGCUUCUUGGUGAUGUUACCAUUGCCGAUGGCGGCGUGAUGCCCAAUAUUCACAACCUGUUGCUUCCAAAGAAAGCUGGUUCCUCUAAGGGUGCUGGUGACGAUGAAUGAUUCUUUGAUAAAAAGUUGAUUUCGUUAAUGGGUUUACAGUGCCUGUUUCGUUUCAUUUUUUUGUUAGAGGCUGAUCGUUCAGAUAUGUAGGUUCUGUUAGUCAUGUGAAUACAUUGGUUUCAGUUUGUUCCUUUUGAUGAGAUUUGGUGAAACUUUAUAAAAUUUAUCCAUUUACUAUUUGGU